UGCACUUUUGUUUAUUCUCUAUGGCCUCUCUAACCUAAAAUAAAGUCGACGUCUUUGAAAAUAAUUAUCAAAAACAAAUGAUUAUUUACGUUCGGGAUUGCCCCACUUAAAAGAGAUUCUAAAAAUAUUAGCGAAUACAUGGCAGCGUUAUUUUUAACACCGACUUGAAAUGGUCCAGAAACUCGACUCUUUCAGCAACGAAACCUUAGAUGAUUAUCCGAAUUCCCAGUUAAAAAGCGUUGAAUUAUUUAAUUUGUUCUCGGAACGCUUCAAUGCGAUUUUUGUUAGUGUUCAGAAUUAUUUAGUCAACACAGUGGAGCAUCUUGUCCUUGGAAUUCUUUUAUAUGUUACAAUAUGUAUCAUUCUUUUUUAUGUUAUCACACAAUGGAAAUUUAUCAAGUUCUCUCGAGACAUGAGAAACUCAAAACGACUGCUUUUUGUUAUCGCCCACCCAGAUGACGAAGUAAUGUUUUUCGGCCCCACUAUUUUCCAUUAUAUUAAGAAAGACUGUAUAGUGUUUUUAAUGUGCUUAUCCACAGGAAAAAACUAUGGUAUGGGUAAAGUACGAAGAAACGAACUGUAUAGAUCAUGCAAGGUAUUAGGUAUAAAACAGGAAAAUAUAUUUAUUUACAAUCAUACCAGCUUGCCCGAUUCAAUCGAAGCAAAAUGGCCCCUAGAAGUCAUAUCAAAUCAGGUGCUGUAUCUUGUCGAUGCUUUGAACAUAACAAAUUUAAUAACGUUCGAUAAGUAUGGGAUAUCAGGACACCAAAAUCAUUGCUGUAUAUAUUAUGCCAUUGCCAAUUUAAUAUUAGAUAGACAGUUACCAAAAUUUUGUGGAGUAUUCGUAUUAGAAACGGUGAAUAUUUUGAGGAAAUAUUCGCUAUUUCUUGACAUACCCUUUUCUAUGCUGUCUUCAAGGUUCAUGUACAUGCAUGGGUUCAAGCAAAGAAGCGUAAUGCACAAAGCUAUGAAAAAACAUAAAUCACAAUUGGUAUGGUUCAGAACCCUGUAUAUGAUUUUUUCAAGGUACAUGUUGGUUAACACUUUACAACAAGUGAAUUUAGUGGACAUUGAGCUGGAUUUGGAAUUGGACGAUUAAAAUAUAGUAUAUGUUUAGAAUAUCUACCGGGUGUUUUUGAAAAGUGGCCCACCUCUAUAACUUUUCUAUUUUUUCAGAUAAAUAAACGAAAUUUAGUGUGUUAGUAAACGACAUAAACCAGGAUUGACUUCCCGUUUCACCGGAAGUUACUAAAACUUCUGGGACCCUUACUAUUUUUUUACCUUAUUCAAUAGAAAACGAUAAUUUCAGUUAAAAAAUAGAAUUUUAAAUUUCAAUUUAGAGUGUUGUGGUUGCAUGCCAAAACCAUUAAUUUUUAAUCAAGGAGCUUUUAGAAAAAUAGUUUCGGUCGUCGAAAACAAUUUAAGACCGUCAAUCAAUCCUGAUUUAUGUCAUAAUAUACUAACAUACCGAAUAUCGUUGUUUUUUUUACCAUAAAAAAAAGUUAUGGUGAGGCACUUUGAGAAACACCCGGUAUAUUUUCAAAAAAAUUAAUUUUCAAUAAUACAAUAAUAGCUAGCGCUAGUCAAACCAAAAAUGUACCUACAAUGUAUAUAGAAUGAAUAGAAGAUCUCUUAUUUUCAAUA